AUAAGCACACAGGGCAAAUUUUAUACCAUCAGAACUAGGAACUAAAAAAAUAAACUUCGACAACAUGAUCCGAAGCUACAUUUAUUUGGCCAUACUUGGUGCAUUAUUCUGUAAAUAUUCCGUUUUCUGCUACCCACAGGGCGCUCCUAUCCGGACCGAGUCCUGCAUUAAUCUACAGCCGAUACACGUGGACCCGCUCACCAAACAACAGGUUCAGAACCAACAGGGGAACACCAAACCUUACAGGAUCCUGGUCAGUCAGCAACAGUACCAGUCCUGUACAACGGUACAACAAUGCGGCCUCCAACCACUGCAAGUAUCGAUAAAUGGACAAGGAGGUUUGUUUCGUGGAUUUAUCAUCCAAGCUCGCACAGUAAGUGGAGGAAAAAGGUCAUGGGGUCAAUUCAUUCCGCUACAAACUGGAGAUUCCAAGGUCAUUCAAUGUCAGAAUGGUUUGACCUUGACUCACACAGCUAACAAUGAUAAAAACAUCGUGCGAUUCGCCUGGAUACCGGAGCCGGGAAUGCGCGAGCAGGUUCAGUUUGUAGCUACGAUUGUUCAGAACCUUCGUACUAUAUACCCCGGUGUCUACUCUGCUCAACUUCGUCCUAUUGGUGUACCUCGCCCAACAACACCCAAACCGCUACUGACUACUAACACGCAGGCGCAAACUACCAGCAUUGUUAUCACUACUAGCACCACCACUACUAAAUUUACUACCAAAACUACUACAAUGCCUACUACAACCUACUCAGCUGUGACGUCAACAGCAAAACCAGUUACGUCAUCUCCUAAAUUAACCACUACUAGUUCCCAACCUUCACAAACAGAAAGGACAGACGUACCUGGAAGUGCCUCAUAUAAAACAGCUGGAAUUAUCUCUCUUGUGACAUCCGUCAUCGCCAUACUUCUGUAGAUGAAUGAAAACACACAGCUACAACACGAAAUCCAAUGAAAAAUGCAUUUCAUAUUCUCUUUUGAUGUGUUAAAAUUUAAAAUUAAAGCUAACAUUAAUCAUUGAGAGACUAUUUUAUAGUUUAUUGAAAGAUGACAACUGAAUAAACAUGUUUUAUUUGAAAGGUGUGCUUGUAAAUACUCAAUUUUCUGCUUUCUAGUGCUUAGGAAUGCUUAAUACUUGUAUCAGAAAAAAAGAUUUUUAAUGAUGUUUUAUAUUACCUUAGUUUAUAUACAUGUACAAGCUCAAAAGACUAGUUUCAUUUGGAUAUACAUGUAUUCUCAUGAUGUAUGCAUCUGAACAUUAAAAGUGCACAUUGUCAUGUUCAUCAAAUUUAUGCAAGAUUUCAUAACUAAUAAAUAAA